GUUUAUGAAAUGUUCAUUGAAUUGAAGAAAACAUUCGCUGACUCAUUUUCACUGAGGUUAUGGUACAACGAAGAUGACCGAAGAAGGGCUGUCGACUUGGUUAAUAAAAUUAGUUUAUCCAUAAUUACUUCAAAGUCGUUGGGAGAAAAUGAAAGAAAGAACCGAGAUAUAAUAUUCAAAGUACGUUCUUCAAGUGUCACACUAAAAUUGUUUAUGAUUUACUAA